CAGUGAGCCGCUCGUAGGAUUAGAGGUGACAGCCCAAAAAUUCAUGGUUGUCAGAAAAAGGCUGGUCUGAAAGUCCAAGGCAGUGUAACUCACAGGUAAAACUGAGAGAAGUGAAAUAGGAAAUGAAUGCCUGAAGGUGAGAGAAGAAAAGUGGGAUAAAAGGAUGACUGGACCGUCAAGUAAAGGAAUGUAACGAGAAGAAGGAUUGAAAGGAUACAAAAUAGGGACUGUGUCAGAAGUGACAGAAAAAGACUGAAGUGCAGAGUCCACCAGGGAAGAGAAGAGCUGAUACACAAUGAACUGGGCAGGAUUAUAUGGCAUUUUGAGUGGCGUGAACCGCUACUCCACUGGAAUUGGGCGGAUAUGGCUCUCUGUGGUUUUCAUCUUCCGUAUAAUGGUUCUUGUAGUGGCUGCAGAGAGCGUCUGGGGAGAUGAAAAGUCAUCAUUUACCUGCAACACACAACAGCCUGGAUGUAACAGUGUUUGCUAUGAUCACUUCUUCCCUAUCUCUCACAUCCGCCUGUGGGCUCUUCAGCUGAUCAUUGUAUCCACACCUGCUCUUCUAGUGGCCAUGCAUGUGGCUCACCUGCAGCACCAGGAGAAGAAGGUUUUACGUAUGUCUGGCCAUGAUGACCCUAAAGAACUCGCAGAAGUGAAAAAGCAUAAGGUCAGAAUCUCAGGCACUCUGUGGUGGACAUAUACACUGAGUGUGGUCUUCAGAAUCAUCUUCGAAGCAGCUUUCAUGUACCUAUUCUACCUCAUCUACCCUGGUUAUGCCAUGAUACGACUCGUCAAAUGCAGUGCAUACCCCUGCCCUAACACAGUGGACUGUUUUGUGUCUCGUCCCACAGAGAAAACCAUCUUUACAGUCUUCAUGCUCUCAGCUUCAGGAGUCUGCAUUGUUUUAAAUGUAGCUGAAGUUUUCUUUCUCGUUGCUAAGGCCUGUACCCGCAGGAGUCAGAGGCGUGAGGACUCCUACCGGGAUAAGGAGCACCGGCAGAAUGAGAUGAACACGCUGCUAACAGGAGAGGGUCUUAUGAAAAGGUCCCCAGGGAGCCAGGAGAAAGGAGAACAUUGCAUGACAUCCUAGAGACAACACAUCACCACUUAGGUUACUUGGCCAGAGAGGAUAUGGUCAGGUCUCACGCAGGACAAUAUAUGUUUUGACGGCGAAGGGCAAAGACACAACUAAUUUAAAACUGCAAUAUUUGCACAAGAUGCAGACAGUAUGUCCUAAUUCUCAUAGUAAUGUGGGCAUGUAUAUCAUUGUCCUUGUCACCAACCUGCCUAGAUCUUAUGUUCUCCUGCUCAUCUGUCUGAACUGGUGCUUCUUGCAGUAUUUUUGAAUAACAAGGGAGGGGGUGGGGUGGGCCAUUUUUUUUUAAAGGGAUGGGAAGUAGAGGGAGAAAGGCAAAUGUAUUUGUACUGUUAUGGAUUUGAGAUUUUGUUUUAAUAUUUUAUGCGAUUUAUUGUAAAACCACAGAUU